AGUAUCAUGAUCUUUUUUUUGACGGAAGUGUCAUGAUCUUUGUGAAUUGAACCUUCCAGUCAUCUAAUCUAAUAUCUAAUCCAACACAACGCAGAACGCAGCAACCAAACCCAAUAAAAUCCAUAUUUGGGGCUGAAACCCUAAACACCAACCCCAUAACUAUGGCUUCUUCUCUCCAUCUCUCCACUCCAUCUCUCUCACGCCCAAGGGUAUGCAAAAAUUUCAAAUUGCUCAAUGGGAUGGGCAGUAUAAAUUCAUCUAUGAUACAUGUGCGUGGCUCAGAUUUGCCGUUUGUUCGGCUGAGCUCUAAAUUCCCUUCAUGUCUCAAUGCUGUAAGUAGAAUUAAAGCUGCAUUGGCCUCUGGAGGGGGAGACCUAAAAAACGAAGAUCUGGUUGGUGUUGAAUCGGCACAACCUAAUGCAGUGGCGCUUGGAACAUUGGGAGCAGACACGGCUUUAACAGGAAGUAGUUUUGCUGAUGAUAAUGAUGACUUUGAUUCGGACAGUCCAACAAAAGGUUUUGCUUCCAUACCAGAGGCCAUUGAAGACAUUCGGAACGGAAAGAUGGUAGUGGUUGUAGAUGAUGAGGACAGAGAAAAUGAAGGGGACUUAAUCAUGGCAGCACAGUUGGCAACACCUGAGGCUAUGGCUUUUAUUGUGAAGCAUGGAACUGGCAUUGUUUGUAUAAGUAUGAAAGAGGAAGAUCUGGAGAGAUUAGAGCUUCCUUUGAUGGUCAACAGUCGGGAUAAUGAUGAGAAACUCCGUACAGCAUUCACUGUGACAGUGGAUGCCAAACAUGGUACCACCACAGGGGUGUCAGCUCAGGAUAGGGCAACAACAGUUUUGGCUCUUGCAUCCAAAGAUUCAAAACCAAGGGAUUUCAACCGCCCAGGCCAUAUUUUCCCAUUAAAAUACAGGGAAGGUGGUAUCUUGAAGAGAGCUGGACAUACAGAAGCUUCAGUUGAUCUGGCAGUACUUGCUGGUUUGGAUCCUGUGGCAGUUCUGUGUGAGGUUGUGGAUGACGAUGGUUCCAUGGCAAGAUUACCUAAGCUUCGCCAGUUUGCAGAGCGUGAAAAUUUGAAAAUUAUAUCUAUUGCUGACUUGAUAAGGUAUAGAAGGAAGAGAGAUAAACUAGUGGAACGUGCUGGUGCUGCACUAAUACCAACAAUGUGGGGGCCAUUCACAGCUAACUGUUACAGGUCACUUUUAGACGGGAUGGAGCAUAUUGCGAUGGUAAAGGGUGACAUUGGGGAUGGUUGUGAUGUUCUUGUGAGGGUACACUCAGAGUGUCUCACAGGAGACAUAUUUGGAUCUGCCAGGUGUGACUGCGGAAAUCAGCUUGCUCUUGCAAUGCAACAGAUUGAGGCUGCUGGUAGAGGUGUGUUAGUAUAUCUUCGUGGUCAUGAAGGAAGGGGUAUUGGAUUGGGCCACAAGCUUCGUGCUUAUAACCUACAGGAUGAGGGAAGGGAUACUGUAGAAGCAAAUGAGGAGUUGGGAUUACCUGUUGACUCAAGAGAGUAUGGAAUUGGUGCACAGAUAUUGAGGGACUUGGGUGUUCGUUCUAUGAAGCUGAUGACAAACAAUCCGGCAAAAUAUGUUGGGCUCAAAGGUUAUGGUUUGUCAAUUUCCGGUAGGAUCCCAUUGUUAUCACUUAUCACAAACGAAAACAGGAGAUACUUGGAAACCAAACGUGUGAAAAUGGGACACAUGUAUGGCUUGGAAUUUAACAGCAAAUUGAAUGGUAAUGCUAGUAGUGUCGAUGAUUCCAAUGCUGCUCCUGACACAUAAACCUGCAUUUUUUCUAUAAGUUACACAAAUUGUGCCACACGCAACAGAAGAGGAAGCAAAGUGUAAAUUUCUAUACUGCUGAAGAUGGAUCUAAGAAGAUAAAAGAAACCUGAUUCUACUUGUGACUUAUUAUUCUUUUUCUAAUUCAUUUGCAUGAUUUUUCUUCUGUCUUGGCACUAUAAGUCAUUUGAAACUUUAUAUAGUGUCAUUUAAUGUGUAAUAGAUAACACAAUAGGUGAGGGCAUUGUCUAAGACAAAUUUGAGGUUAACUUUUCUUGCUUUCUUUGGUGGCUUUUUGUAGAAAACUAGAUGUUCUGCUUUUUGUAUAGUUUCAUUAUACAAGAGUGGGUGUUUUUUGUGGAGGUACCUUGUACAAGCGAUUAAGGUGUAUUUUUGUGACAAUAAAGGUGCUCUUUGUUGAAAGAUAA